AUGUCCAAAUCAUCCUCCACAAUGGUCAACCCGGCCUCUGCUCAAAACACCGCAUACUCUCCAGCGGUCUCUUCUUCAUCCUCUUCAAUCCCGUCGUCUGCAGCAAUGAUCCACCAACCUCCACCGCCAACAGCCAUUGCUUUUAAAAGCACCACCACCACUAACGGUUACCGCUCAAGUUCUACUCUGCCUGGCGGGACGGAAGUUCUAAGCUCUGCAAACAGAAACAAUAACAAUAUUAGUAAAAACACAACAGCAACAUCUAUAAACAAAUCUACCACGAGUCCAAACUCGGCUUAUACUUUUUUGCCAAAGUCUUCGGGUCCUCGUGUGUCUACUGCUUCUGCUGCUUCUUCUACUUCUACUUCUUCUUCUGCUGCUGCUACUGUUACUGUUACUAAUACCACUGCUAAUGCUCCUAUUAAUGCUUCCUUUUCAUCCAUUCACAAUCCCUACCCAUCUCCAUCCUCUUCAUCAUCCCUCUCAGCCCCCAAGGUUCGUGCAAGAAAGAGUUCAUAUACCUACUCUUCUUCUUCUUCUUCUUCCUCCUCUUCUUCUGCUUUCUCAACUACUGGUGGUGGCCCAGUCAUAAUACAACAAACUUUUGGCCAGCAUCAACAAUUAACACACCCUCCACACAUCCCUGGUCCAACUGCUCCAACACAAGUUUCUGCGGUACACUCUCAAAAACUGCAACUACAACUACUACAACAACAACAACAACAGCAGCAGCAGCAACAACAACAACAGCAGAUACCUCCUCCACCACCAGCAGUACUUUCUCGCAAGUUUGUGGCUCGUCGGAUCUCGGAGGGCGAAACAGGCCGUCUUAAAGAAGAGCUCAAGUGUCAAGCUUGUGGUAAGGGUUACAAGCACAUUUCUUCUCUAGCCAAGCAUCUUUGGGAACACACGCCCGAGUGGAGAAUGACCUCUAAGCUACUAAUUUCAAAGCAUCAACAGGUCCAACUUCUUGAGGCUGCCUCUAUUCUUGUUUCCAUCAAUGAACCUGAUGAAGGUGAGUCCGAAAACUGCUCUGUUUCUGCUUCUCCAUCUCCAAACUUUCUUAGCUCUCCUAAUAAUGGCGUCCUGGCUGCUGGUUCAGCCAAGCCCGAAGGUGUUCUCUCCACCCCUUCAUCCUCAUCCUCAUCUUCUCCCUCAGCCAUUCCUAAUCCCACAAUGUCGCCGUCUCUUUACCCACAAUACCUUCACAAACCCACAUCGCCAUCUGCUGCUGCUGCUACUGCCAUUUAUAACAACAAUAGCAAUAAUUCAUCGUCUGUUUCUUCAUCUUCUGCUGACAAUGGACCAACUCCAUCACCUUCACCACAACCUCAAAAUUUUCAGCUGAGGCUUCAUAAUGGCCAAAUCUCUUCUCUAUCAUCGUCUCUAGCAGCCUCUUCCAUUUCAUCUUCCCCUCGUUCUAAACAAGGUCCUGUACCUACUCGUUCCGCAAACUUGUCUUCACCACCACCUCCGGAUCUCAUUCUUCCAGGAAGCGCACUUGUGGCGUCUGCAAAAACUACAGACGGCCCAACGGGAUCUUAUAUUACCGAUUCGCUUUAUCCAAUGGUUGACGACAAUACCACUCCUCAAACAGCAUCCACAAACCCUACCGCCCCAAGUACCGCGAUGCACGCGGGCUAUACCCAGAAAAAGAAACGCGGGGGAUCCAUUGCCAUUGCACACACAAAAACCGACUCUCCUGCGGCUCUUCACCACGCAACAACAGCAGCUCGCACGCGCAGAUAUUCUGCCUCAACGGCUGCUCAAGCUUCAGCAGCUGCAGCUGUAGCCGUUGCUGUGCGCAGAGCUACUCAAGGAUCCUCUUCGUCAUCAUCGUCAACAGUUUCUGGAAUAGCCUCAUCACCUUCAAAUUCGGUAAAUAUUCCAGGCGCUACUACUGCCGUCAACUUGCGUGCUUCUACAGAUAUGCUUGCAGGACCCACUUCGUCCUCGCUAAGCUACACCCACACUCCACCACCGCCACCUUCCUUUUCGUCAUACCUUGGAGUGUUUCGCACAACUCCGACCCCGGCAGCUGUCACUGGUCCACAUCCUGCCAAUUCUCUCCCAUCCUCGUCCCCGCUAUCAUCAUCUUUAGGUGGUGGGCCGUCUUCGGCUUCAUCAUCACUGUCUUCCUCAUACUCGGGCAGAGGCACCGGGCCACGACAACGACGACCAUCGGCACUUGAUCCACCGUUACGUGUGAGUACGCGGUCGACACUGGAUGACGUACGACGACAUCACCGACCGGGACAAAACCAUUCUGCACAUCGACAUGGUGCUACAGGAGGAUCGUACCGGUCUGGUGGUAGUAACGGCAGCGGCAACAACUCCAGUCACUCGGGGUCUUUUGGUGGGGCCUCUGCAGUGAGCUUUGGCAGUUCUCUUGUGUCUGGCACAAAUGGAAAUGGUCUUGCUGAGGGGAAUAACGGGGCUACAAGGCAGUCCAAAUGCGGUUCCAACUCACCACAAAGCGAUCCGGACCAAAACGGGCUUGAAGAAGAUGAUGAGGAUUCUCAAGACGAGGACGUCAUGACGGAGCGUGCAAUUGCAGAUGACCAAGGUGUUUUUGGUGACAUGGAUUGA